AUGGCUGGACCCGGUGGUGGCCCAUCGAGGCGCAGCCAUACUAAGUCCCGAAAGGGAUGCAAGACUUGCAAAAAGAGGCACAUUCGUUGCGAUGAGACAUUUCCGCAAUGUCGAAAUUGCACAAAACAUCAGGUCCGGUGUGACUACAUGGACAGUCCAACUGCAAUGGUGCCAGAAUCGCCCAAGUCUCCGCAGCAACCCAAUCUUCUCUGGACGCCUGAGAUUGAUGCAACGAUCGAGCUCUGGAGACAGACGAAUGAGUUCCCAUUUCCCGAAUUAAGAGUGCUUCCGCAACCGCAAUGGCGAGCCUUCUCCAAGACCGACCUCCGUUUGAUCCACCACUUGUCCUCAAUCUCAAACGAGAUGUUUAGGAACAGGACGUCAAGACUCACCAUCUGGACAGACCUGAUGCCAAACUUAUCUGACAAUUCCAGGUUUCUAAGCAUCGCCGCGACACAUUCAUUUGUGAUGCACUCUAUUCUCGCGUUCUCUGCAUCUCACCUUGCGUGGAUAUCACAGUCAAGCGAAACGCGAAAUCUCGCAUUCCACCACGGCGGCGUUGCACUCAAGGGAUUGCAUGAAGGGAUUGCCAACUUCACAAAAGCUAAUUCAGAUGCCGUGCUUGCAUCUUCUCUACUGCUUGCAUGGCAAGCUACAGAUUGGCGGGGAUGGGCGUCUCUUGUGACAGGGACAAAGACUGUAAUCCAAGCGAUGCAGCCAUGGCGACAUGAGUCUUUGUUCGCCGAGUACAUCGCUGAGCACAGUCCGAUGCCAAACAAAAGCUUCAUGAAUCCGAUUGGAUCCCCCGUCUCACCAGAUGCGCGAAGGGAGCAUCUUGGCAUCAUCUCAGAUAUCCAUGCCUCUUUACAGCGACUUCAGCCGUACCUCAGUCGAUAUGACCAGGAAGGCAAGUGGGUUGAUCAGCUUCGAGGCUACAUAGAACGCCUAAGAGCAUCCGGCCCACCACAAACCGCCGAAGAACAGUUCAGCCAGCUCUACGCGCUCCGAAAAUGGCUAUUUUGGGUACCAAUUUCUCUCCUCGCGGCGAAGCGAGGUGAUGUGACCGUUUUGGUUGUUCUUGGUCACUUCUACGCUACCGCACUGGCUCUAGAGCCUAUGUUCCGAGAUAUUGGGUCCGUCUUUUGCGCCAAUCUUGCACUCCAACCGUUGGAAGAGAUUGUUGCGAUCGUUCAGGGCUACCAGGACCAGAGAUAUGACCAGCGGACGCAAGCAGUAUCGUAUCUGAUCCAGUUCCCUAGUGACAUUGCAUCUUCAUACAAGUCACGAAGGGAGUGGGCCCGACAACAAGCCGGAGAAGCCUCCCCUGUUCAACAACCUCCUUAUGGUCUGGAGACUGUCAACCUGGAUCUUGAGAAUCAAAUAGCGCAGUACAGCUAUAGCCAGAGCCUGAGUCCGGCCUUUGCUCCGUCGCCGCUGAACUUUAUGCCUACCGGUCUGGUGUCUGGACAAACAUCACCUUACCUCGAGGUACCCCGCACGACGGUCGAGACGUAUGUUGGGAGUAGCUAUGCAUCCCCGCUGGUGUCACCCGCAACAGUACCACCACCUUAUUCGGUAACAUUGCCGGAAGAGAAUGUAUUCAGUUUUGGUAUGCCUCCUAUGGGAUACCCCAGCGGGUUCGUGGCCACUCCUACAGUCUGGACGUAA